AUGGCCAGCUCUGGAACAGAGGUCCACUGGGUCGAGCCGGGCCUGGAGAAGGGGCCCCAGCGGCGGCGCUGGGCCUGGGCUGAAAAGGGAAAGGAUGCUGAUGGGCGGGGCACACGCAGCUCGGCAGACGAGGGGCCCUUUCCCACCGCGACCAGCCCCGAGCUCCGGGAGGACUUCCGGUGGGCCCAGCAGUGCCUGCAGCCACUGAAGUGGGGCCCAGACUCACAGCCUGCCGGGUGCCAGGGUCCCAAGUCUGGAGAGUCUGCAGGAGCGGAGUCUGAAGAAGAGGAUGAGGACAGCCCAGAAAGUUCCAACCUGCCUCUCAGUUGGCUCCCCCAGCAGGAUCCUCAAAUGGACAUGACCAGAGAGGAGCCCAGUGAGGCUCUGCAAGGUCCUGAGGUCCAGGAAGCUGGAGAGAGCUCCUCGAGGUUGGGGUAUGAGACCUAUCUCAGCUCAGGGAGCCAUGGGAACACCAGCCCCACCGCUCUGGACUGGGGUCAGUCCGCAGGCUGGGUGGCUUCUAGCAAACAAGCCAGUGGAGGCAAACUUCCAGAACAUUCUGAGGUCAACCCAGCUGUUGACUGCAGUUCGCCCAGGUCCUGGAGCAGUGGGGCUGUGAGCCUCAACCACUCCAGUGACAACCUGGAUUCUACCUGGGAAGGAGAGACUGAUGUCCCCCAGCCCAUUGCCCUGGCAGAAACUUCAGCCCAGAGCCCCAGCCACCACCUCCUCAACCCAAACGACAGAACUGAAGGAAGCGUUGCUCUGGCAACGCCCACGGAAUUCCAGGGAUCCUCAGCACCACCCACCCAGAGCCUCCAGUGUCCUGCAGAUCGAUGGAGGAGACAGCCCGGGGACCAGUCCUGGAAGCAGACACGGAUAUCACCUAAGCCUCUCCCUUCCCGAUUCACCGGCUCCAUCAGCCCUCUCAAUCCCUCACCUAGGCCAGCUCGGCAGGACAGGCUGCCCCCCAGACCGGGAGCCACUCUGGCUGGCCACGCAUCUUCUGAUGCCCCCAAGUACGGCCGGGGGCGGCUGAACUACCCACUCCCUGAUUUCUCCAAGGUGGGACCCCGGGUGAAGUUCCCCAAAGAUGAGAGCUACCGCCCCCCCAAGGCCCGGAGCCACAGCAGGCUGCCUGAAGGCCCUGCCAAGCCACUGAUCUUCAAGUCUCCUGCUGAGAUUGUGCGGGAGGUGCUGCUGAGCAGCGGAGAUGUCUGCCCCGGAAAGAACCCACCUCCUACCCACCCCAUAACCAGCGUGCCCCAAGAAUUUCAGACACCCGAGCAAGCCACCAAGCUUGUCCAUCAGCUCCAGGAGGACUACCACAAGCUCCUCACCAAGUACGCCGAGGCCGAGAACACCAUCGACCAGCUGCGCCUCGGGGCCAAGGUGAACCUGUACUCGGACCCGCCCCGGCCCAGCCACAGCAUCCACGCGGGGACGAUGCCCCAGGGGACCAAGGUCUUGUCCUUCACCAUCCCACAGCCCCACUCUGUGAAGUGGUGUGUGAGCCCCGCCGAGGGCCCGCAGGCCUCUGAGGCUCCAGGGUCGCCAUCAGCUGGAGGAGACCUGAGCCUCUCCUCACCCCCCAGCAUGCCUGCCCUAGGGUGGCUUCAGGAGGAUGCAGGGGGCAUUGCCCAGGACCAGCCCUCAGCGGAGCGGGCCCAGGAGCUGGCUUCUCAGGCCAGUCGGUUCCUGACAAAGGUGGAGUCCUUUAUAGAGCUGAUACGCUCAGGACGGCUGACACCCCGGGACCAACUCAAGGUCUUCCAGCAGCUAAAGGCUGCCCACGCGGCCCUGGAGGAGGAGUACCUGAAGGCCUGCAGGGAGUGGCACCUGUCCCAGCAGCCUGCUGGCUCCAAGGGGACACCCAGGAGAUUUGAUCCUAACAGGGAGCUGGAGGCAGAGAUAUUCCAGCUGGGAAUUCGCCUGGAUGAGCUGAAGGACCUCAUGGACCACAACGAGCAGGAGCCUGGGCGAGUCGGGUCAGACUUGGCUUCAGACAGCCCCCCAGCCACGCCCUCCCCCCACCAGCCAACAGACCUGCCCUCUCCUUUGGAACAAACCUGCACGUCGGGCAUGCGGACCCUCGGCCCUGAGCCCGACGCCACCAUCGCUGGCCCCCACCUAUUGCAUGUGAACUCGGAUCUGAGCGCUCCCAGCAACGAGGCAGAGGACAGGCCGCUGGACCUCCCGGCCCCGCUCAGGCACAAGGGGCUGCCGGUGGAGCAGGAUUUCCACGGCCUACUGGAGCGGUACCUCAGUGUGAAGUCCCUUCCAGAAGCCCUGAGGAUGGAGGAGGAGGAAGAGGCUGAGGGCCAGGACCACACCCUGGGUUUUGACAGGCCGGCUCCAGCUCCAGCAAAAGCAGUGGCCUCGAGGCUCCCCACCAGGCAGCCCCCGGCGCGGGCUGAGAGAAGUCACGGGGUUCUCCUCGAGGAGACCGUGGAGCAGAUGGCGUCUGUGAAGCCAGCAGACGUCGGUGCAUCCAUGACCAGAGAUGGGCGCCUGCAGGGUCUGGGCGAAGCCGAGGAGGCCCCUCCCCGCCCCAGCAGGCCCCCCGAUCCUCGGGGCCCCAAGUCCGCGACGUCCCACCAGAGCAGUCUGGCCAGCCUCGAGGGAAGUGGCAUCUCUGAGCACCUCCCACCAAAGUCUCUGCGCCAGGCCGGCGGGCCCCCGCUGGAGGAGCCCUGGAUGGCAUCCCCGGAGACAGACAGUGGCUUCGUGGGCUCAGAAACCAGCAGAGUGUCGCCCCUCACUCAGACCCCAGAGCACCGGCUCUCCCAGAUCAGCACCCCAGGGAUGUUAGCCCAGUCCUUCACUCUGCCUGUACCCCAAGAUGCAGCCCCCCACCGCCAGAACAGGGGUCUUCUGGUCCCCAGAAGAACCUCCGAGCCCAGCAGACCCAGGAGCCAAGCCCAGAGGCCCCCGUCUGGCCAGGACAGUCCUCUCCAGCAGAGGAUGCCCAGCUUCUGCCUAGAGCGGGCACUGGCAUCUGAGAUAGCGGUGCCGGGCUCAGAGUUUAAGCAGCGAAAGCAGAUUUCUGAACAAAACCUCUCCGGCGCGACAAUCAGCCCACCUCCCACCCCUGCCCCUGUGGCUGCCACUCCACCCCGUGGACCCGCAGAGAUCACCUCCUCCUUCCUCCUUACCAGGACGGGGCGUGACCAGGCCAUCCGGGAGCUGCAGGAUGAGGUCUCCCGGCUCCGUCUGAGGCUGGAGGACAGCCUCCACCAGCACCCCCAGGGCCGCCCCACGCGCUCAGCGUCCAGCUGCGACCGGCCCACCCGGGCCCGGGAGCGGUCAGGGGAUUCUUCAGCUGCUUGGAGCUCCCAUUACGGCAGCAGAUCCACGGAGAGGUUGUCUGGUGAGCCUGGGGGUGCAGAGCAAGCUGUCCCCACGGGAAGACGGCGAGCCAGGUCCUCCUCGGUGCCUCGGGAGGAGCCUCGAUUGUCCCUGAGCUCCGAAUCUGAGCCAGCCUCCCCCAGGCUGUUCUCUGAGAGGGGCAGGACCACCGAGAACAGUCCGCAGGCCGCUCGGGAUGGAACAAAAGGAGUGAGUAGCACCGGACGGCCCGACAGGGUCACCUUCCGAGGCCAAUACACAGGCCAGGAGUACUAUGUUCUGACACCCAAGGCUGUCUCAAGAAGCAGUGCCCCGGUCUGCUGUCCCCACUGCCGACCCCCUAGGACAGAGGAUCCAGGUGAUGCUGUUACCAGGGACCCCCUGGGACCGUCUCGCAGUGAGACCUUGCGAUGUCCCCUGUGUAGUCAAGUUGGGUCCCCCUCUGAGGGGGAUGGCCCAGACUCAGCCACCUCUGCGCCAGAAAAGGCCGCCACCAGGAGAGACGCACCUUCAACACCCAGCCCCAAGCAGAGGAGCAAGCGGGCAGGGUCGCCGUCCCGGCCGCCCCCUGGGCUGUGGUAUCUGGCUGCCGCGCCCUCGGCACCAGCCCCUCCUGCCUUUGCCUACAUCUCCUCGGUUCCUGUCCUGCCUUAUCCAUCAGCCACUGUGUACUACGCGCCGGCACCUACCUCAGCCCCCUCUGUCCGCGCAGCCAAUGAGUGGCCCCCCGCCGCCCGCUCCCGGCCGGCCCGGGGCCCCCGGCACUCCGUCCAGCUGGACCUGAAGGACCUGGAGGAGCUCAACAAGGCCCUGAGCCGGGCGGUCGAGGCCGCCGAGAGCGUCCGCUCCACCGCCCAGCACAUGAGCCGCUCACUGUCGGCCGAGCUGCGCCAGGCCCGCAGCCUGCGGGGCUCCUGCCUCUUCUGA